CGUCUCCCGCCAAAACCGAAGAGCGCGGCGACGAGUCGCGCCGUCUCGGCAGCCGUUCGCUAUUUCAAACAGCCACUUCAAGAGGGAUUUGGCCUUUUCUCUAACUGCAUUUUAUGAAAUUAUUAACGUCGUCGUCAGCUGGUGAGCCGGUGGUGUAAAGGUGCGUUAAAAUAGUUUUGUGCACGUUUAACUUGUAACAAUGUACGUGUCUAAUCUUCAAAACGAGUUCUACUUAGAGGUGAUCAAGAGCCGAGUUUUGGUUAUUAUUGCUGCGGACGUGGAUGCUGUAGCGGCUUGCCGAAUUUUGCAGCAGUUGUUUCACUCUGACAAUGCAUUGUACACGCUUGUGCCUGUGUCGAAGAAAACUGCCGUGGCAGCAGCGUACCGCGACCACGGUGAAGGAAUUAAGAACGUCGUCUUACUGAAUUGCGGUGCGACGUGGGACGUAAUAGAUGAGUGCAAGCCUGAAAACGACGACGUAGUUUUCUACAUAGCCGAUAGCAAUCGACCAGUGCACAUCCACAACGUCUACAACACAAGUCAAGUCCGUUUGCUAAUGCCGCCUUUGCCAGAGGAAGGUGUGCCCGCCUACGAUGACCUUUUCAAAGAGGACGAAGAUGAAGACGAGGAUGACAUGUCCGUAGAAGAAGUCGUCGACCGACGGAGAGAGCGACGCGAAUGGGAGGAACGCCGCAAACAGCUCUUGUUUGAGUACACCGAGUUCAGCUACCACGGUAAAGCAACCGCUGUUACCAUGUUCGAAAUGAGUUGGAAGAUGACGCGAGACACGCCGGAAAUUCUUUGGUGGGCGAUCAUCGGGCAGUCAGAGCAGUACAUCUCCGGAAAAAUUGAACACAAUCGGUAUGUGCUAGAGGCUGGGGACCUCCAGGCACAUGUUUCCCGUCAAAUCCAAAGAAGAACUGCUGCACUAGAUCCCUUGGCAGUCCAAAUAUCAUUUGACCAGGAGCUGCAUCUUCCUUUGUACACACAUUGGUCCCUCAUGGAGAGCUUGCGAAACACCCCAAAUAUUUUUUGCAAAUUUAAGUUGUGGACUCAAAAAGGCUACCGCAAACUACAGGAGUUCCUUGCAGAACUUGGCCUACCACUUCUACAGUGCAAGCAGCAGUAUGCUUCAAUGGACAUCAACCUCAGGAACAAUGUGAAAGAGUGGAUGUGCGACAUGGCCGAGAAGUAUGGGCUUGACAACCUACUUUUCGCCUGCUUCACUGGAAAAUGUGGCUAUCGGGACCACUUCUUUGCCUCUGAUGCUGCAUAUGGGCUUAUGGCUCUGCUUGAGUCUCCUGUGGAUGAUGUGACAACCAACUUCUUUAACACACUAGAUGCACUUUCGUGGUCGAACACAGAGCUGUUGCGUAAUGGCAUCCAGCUGGCAAAAGAGCGCUUGAUAGCCACCACGCAACAGGUACACUCUUUUAUGGAUCUGGGCAGUAUCAUUUGUGCUGGGCCCUUUCUGUAUGGCACUGUGCAGGAGGGUGCCCAAUACAGUCGGCUCUUUGGAUGGCCAAGCGGGCUUUUUCAGUUGGCCAGGUGUGCAUUGCAGGCAUAUGUGGCCAACACCAAGAGCCGUCGUUUUGCCAGCCUCCCCCUUGUACUAGCAGCUGACUAUUCAAGCGACCCUGCUUACACACUAGUUGUUGGCAUCCCUCCACUGUCUGAAGACUCGCCAAAGAACUUUUUUGGUCGUGCGUUUGAGCGAGCUAGCUCAAUGACCCAUUGUACAUAUCAUGCUGACUUUUUUUUUUCGCCGGCUGUUUUAGUUUACAAACAGGACCGGGGUAAGUUUCUUGAUGCUCUUGUGUCAUUGUUGGUAUGAAUCAUUACGAGGCUGCUUCGGUUGCAGCUGCCAUGCCACUGUAGUUUGUGGGCUGUAUAUAUUGUGAGAUGCCUUGUUUUCUGUUUGCAAUUCUUUUAAUGGACAAUGCAAGCACAACCAUAACACUAGUCUGAGCAGAUUAUUCUGCCACGUUUUUAAUACUAUUUAUUCAAUGUAUAUUUAUAAGGGUUGCCUGUACAUUUUUACAAAAAAAUCAUUUACUGCAAUUUUUUUCGGUGUAAUGUACUCAUACAGAAGUUGCGAUCAUUGUGGAACCUCUCAUCUGACUAUUGAUGAAUAAUUGCCAUGUGAUGAUUUUAUUCAACAAAAAUAUAGAUUGACUUGCGAUGUCAGUGAUAAAAUAAACAACUCCUAUUGUACUGGUCA